UGUCAAUAAGUAAACGUGCAGCAGGAACAACUCCUCUCAGGCUGAACCUGAAGUCACAGCUGCACACAGGACACAGUGGGAUGAGCUUCAGGUGAACUUCAGGAUGUUUAAAGCGCUGCUUCACUUCUGAGCUGAACUGAGAGUUCUGAUCAUUUAGUGCUCACACAGGGAGAAUACUGGCGCUGACCUUUGACCUUUGACCCAUCAUUGGGAUCAUGGCGGCAGUGGGAGCGGAGGUCAGCGGCCUCCUGACGUCAGGCGUCUUCGGUUUCUUCCUCCUCCUCCUCCUCCUCUCCAUCUUCCUCACGGCUCUGUGCAGUGAGUGCAGCAGACGUUCAUUUGAGCUGCGAGACUCCACGGCGGACAGAGAGCCUUCAUCGCUCAUCAGAGUGGUGAAGCUGGAGGACGCCAUGGUGGCGAGAGAGAAUCCGAUGAUCGGUGAAAUCCAAUACGAUGAAAAAGAGUUUAACCCCAGUGAAGGCAGCACAGUGUCCGUCAGUCCGUGGAGGAGCCACUUGGGGGAGCUGCAGAACCACCAGGAUGUUCAGACCAAUGGCAGUGCAGUGAAGACAGAAAGUGAUUCUGAAAGUGCUAAAGAGUCUAAUCCUGAAGAAGAAACCUCCACCUCGUUCACGCUGUGGAGGAGCCACCUGCACAGAGAUGUGCACAGCCCCCCCCCUCCAGACCACAUCUACCACACCAUCGGAGGAGGAGGAGGAGGAGGAGGAGGAGGAGGACGGAGCCGCAGCGAUGCUGACCUGUCAUCAGCACCGACCAAUCAGGAGCCAGGAGAGGAGCGCUCUGCAGCGGCGGGGGAACCCAUCGACAGGAACUCGGUGUAUGCACAAGUCAGCAAGAAGGCGAGGCCGACCACCCCCCCCGCUCACACACCUGAGGAGGCGGCGGAGCAGGAAGAGUCUUCACCUCCGCUGCCCGACAGGAAGUCACAGCUGGAGGACGAGCGACAUAAAGACUAAAGAUGAAGGACAACAGAAUGAAUGACAAAAGAAUGAAACAAUAACAAGAAGAACACAUAGUAUCCAAACACACUCCGCUGAAUCAGCACGAGAAGUUAUGGAAGAGUUGCAGUGAAAUACAACAUAUUGUAAUUCACAUUUCCUUUUAUGAUGCUUUUACUUAUUUACAUGAAAAGAUGAACAAUUAUUGAGUUUUUACUGUUUUUUUUCUGUGUUGAGAUUAAUUAUGACACCAUAAAAGCAUAAAAGAGGGAACAUUUGGAAACUUUAAUAAAAUAUGUUUUACUGUAAAAAAAAUAUCUUUCUCUCAAACUCUUUCCCAGAAUGCAACAGGGAACAACAGGCGAUACAAGUGAAAAGCAUCUCUUAUGCUGUCAGACUGCACGCGUCUUCCAGCUCCCACGUCUCGUUUGUGCUCGCCAUAGUGACCGACUGGCACGACAGAGUUGAGCUAACCUCAGCACAUGUUGCUAACGGCUGAAACAGCCGUAAUGCAGACAAACAAAGGAAAUAUACUUCAUUGUUUUGUUUCAUUCAAGCGUUUUAAAUCUUCCAUACGACUCAAACAAAUAAAAAACAGAUCUGAGACUUCCUGACUUUUAGUCCUCAGUUAGAGGUUGAACUCCAGAAACACUGGAUUCUACAUUUCCCAUAAUGCAACUGGACAGUGUCUUUGAUUAGAGCCGAAACAGCCACAUCUU